AUGCCGUUGGCGACAUACACCAAGAUUGAAGGAUACGACUUUGCGUUCGAUGUCGUAUUUGCGCCAAGGUGGCGGCGUAGGCAUCAGGACGCGAGCCCGAGGCAGUCGAACGCAGUGUUGAACUAUGAUGAUGUCGCUCUGGAGAGAUGCCCCCGCCGCGUGUCCACAGAUGCCACCUCGUGUCAACAAAUGGACAAGCUUCAAGGACAUCUUGACAAAUCGCGCCAUGGUCGGGGACAGACACAUAACGGCAGCACGGAUGCUCAGACACAGACGGAUAUGCGUAGAGCAGGCACGACCAUCCAGCUGGGCUGCUCCGAAACCGAUCACCACAGGCACCAGCAGCACGACAAGGCAACUCAGACGUCCCCGAGGCCUCCCAGAAGGGAAAUUGACACCAUCAACAACAACAUUACUCGCGGGAGCCGGAAGCUCACAAAACCAGCAACCACGGAGCACAAGAUCGACGGCGUAAAUAGGAUCCUCACAGCGAUAGAUUCCGUGUUCAGCAAGUUUGACCAGAGGCUCGAGGAAAUGGAUGUCAUGCUGGAUAUUGACUUCUCUGCUUUGGACGGUGUGGUCUAG